AUGCCAUUUCCAACGAUACGUUACAAAACUGUUUUAAACCAAUCGACGAGCAACGACCCUAAUAAAAAUAAACAAUUGGAACUUCAUGUAGAGAAUCGGAAUAAAAUUCUUUUUGAAUUACAGCAUUCAUAUAACAGAUAUUCGUACUGUCAUUCAUCCGAAUUAGGUGAUAAUUUUACAAGUAAUUUAUCAAAAACAGACAGAAGAUUGUUCUCUUCUGUUGUGGAAAAUCUUUUAAUAGAAAUGAACAGGAAGCAAUUAAAAAAAAUUGUUGACAAUAACAAUACUGAUUGUUGUCGGUGUAAACAAUUUUUAAAUAUACCUCAAAAUCUUAUUGGAGCUUGUGAGAAUAUAUCAGAUUACACAGAAGAAUAUGUGGCUGAUUUAAAUUUUGUACAAAGUAAAAAUUUUGUUCUCUGUAAUCAAGAGUCUGAUAUUGAAGGGAAUGAUCAAAAAAAUUUCAUUAAUCCAUUAAGCAAUAAACAGGAAAGUGAUACGAAUUUUGACGAUGAUUCAGUGUAUACGAGUAGUAUCGAUUUAUUGUGUAACAUACAACGUAAUAAAAGACACAGACAGGAAACUUACAAUCAACAAAUAAAUCCAGAAAAUGCAAUUUCCACCCAAAAGAAAAUCAAUCCAUCCGUUUUUGCUUCUUUCCAAAGUCUUGAAGGAUACUUCAAUAUUCAAGCUAACACGCAACAAAAUAUAGUUGUGAAUAAUUACAUUGUUCCAGAUUCAGAUAAAGAAUAUUCCUCUAGUUCAGACAUGUUUAGAGAUUCUUUGGAGAGGCAAGAUACUAGUAACUCAGUGGGAAACGAAGUUAGUGAACUACUUGAAGAAAGUGACCUUACCAACAAAAAAUCAGUAGAAUGUUCACUAAUUGUUCAAAAUAACGAUGCCUUAAAGAACGCUUAUUUGGAAGCGGAAAAUGAUCUCGUUGUUCCUUCAGAUGAUAAUAAUUUUUCAAACAUCACUUUACUUAACGAGAAUUGUUCAUUAUAUAAACAGAACCGCAGUCAAUUAAGAAUACAAUUAACUUCAGAUUCGAGUAGACAGACACUGACACAAGCUUGGGACUGGAAUUUUUAUGAUAAUUGUCCUGUUAUUUCAUCGAGUCAAAUUAAAGAUGUUGAAUCUCCUCAAAAAGAUAGCGCUUAUGAUACCUACCAACUGAGCGUAGAACGUAUACCAACGUAUACAAACUGCAAUCGCGAAAAAGAAGACGUUAGUACAUUUUAUAGUCAGAAACUCAAGAACAUUACUCCUUAUCAAAGAAACGAAAGUACGAAUGAUACACGUGACUUGGAAUUUCUUACCAUAGACAUAACCAAGGAAAGUUCAAUUUUCGAUCAAAAUCAGCAACUAUGUUUAUCUCCUUUCUACCAAGAGAACAAUAGAAGUAUGAACAGUAACAGUGAAAAAUCGUGUACGUAUAGUAGGAAUUCACAGAGAUGUAAAAAUUUAAUUGAAGAUAUAGAAUAUGAGAAAAGGGGCAGUAAGGAAAAAAAAUUAAAAUCUGUUCAUGAAUCGAUCGUGUCUAAGAUCUAUGAAAAGGAAGAGAAGAUUUCUUCGCAAUGGUUAGGAUUUAUGCUGGAUACUUUAAAUAUAGAUGCUGUUACUUUUCAAUCGGUAAAGAUGAUUUUCUCAGUCCUUCAACAUGAGCAGAUAGCAACACAAUAUAUGAGAAAAAGAUGUUGGAAAGGUACUUUAGAGCAGCAAGCUGUAAACGCUAUAUUGGAUUUUUGUGAUAUUUCUGAAAUCAGAAAUAAAACUAACAUAUAUACACAAGAAAUUGUACAAAUAGCUAUAGGUACUCUAGACAAAAUUAUAGGAACUACUGAAUUAAACAAAAAAUAUCGUGUAAUAUUUUGUGGUAAAAGGAAUGAGCAAUCCGAAGAGGAAAUAAUACCACCUGUCGUCGAUUUAUGGAAAAAACAAUUGAAUUUCGAGGGUGUAAUAAUAGAGGAUAACAUGCAAACAAGAGAACGACGAUGGUUAAUAAUUCUGGAUGACUUUGCAGUAAUUGCUACGGAAAAUUUUAUUCAGUUUGCUAAAAAAUCACGAAUAUUAGUUAAGUUACUGACAUGUAAUUAA